UCUCAAAACAAACAUUCUCCUAUUAUUCUUCUGUAUAUAAUAUAUAGUUGAUCUGAAUUUUGACCAUUGCCAGCAACUUCUUCAUUCCACCAUCAUAAUAUAAUGGCCACUCCCAUUCCCCCCAUGCCGCGGCGAUUAAGCCCGGUAAAAUGCAUAGCCCUCAUACUCUUAACCCUAAUUGUCAUUGUUGGUAUAACAAUACUUGUAAUUUGGCUAGCAGUGAAGCCACGACGACCCAUUUACUCAAUCGAAAAUGCUUCACUCCAUAACUACAACAUGACCAAAAAUGACCAUUUGUAUGGAGACUUCAACUUCACGUUAAAAGCGUACAAUCCAAACAGCAGAGUUUCCAUCUAUUACGACGUCAUUGAAGUGAAGCUUUUCUACAACUCCCAACAAAUUGCUUUCAACAACGCGGAAACGUUCUUUCAGCCUCGUCGUAACGUGACAUAUUUGGACCUUUUCCUUUCGGCUAAAGACGUGGCGCUAUACGGCGACGUUGCACGCGAUCUGAAGACGGAGAGGACCUCGGGAGCCGUGCAGGUGGAGGUUAAAGUUAGAGCUAAGAUAAGGUUCAAAGUGGGAAUUUGGAAAUCAAGUCAUAGGAAGCUGAAGUUAUCGUGUAGCCCUAGUGUGCCUGUUUCUUCAACCAAGAAUUCUCAGACCUACCCUUGUGACUUGGAUUUAUAAGUUUUUUUUUUUUUUUUGAAUUUGUUGUAUGAUGCGAAUUGUUUGUUCUUUUUUCUUUUCUUAUUCUAUUUCCUAAUUUUUCUUUUUUGAUGAAGUAUUGUAAUCCUUUUUAUUUUUCCUUGGAAAUUUUAAUUUGAAUGUGUGGUUUUGAAAUUCUUUUCACUUAAUAUAGGCUAUUAUUGAGCU